AUGCCAGAACGCUGCGUUGUCUAUGGCUGUAACAACACAGCAAGUUCGACAAAAGGUAUAUCUUUAUACCGUAUACCUUAUUGGGACGAUAGCAGGCAAAUUGCGAGAAGCAGACGAAAGAAAUGGGAGGACUUCAUUCGGCGGAAAAGAGACAAAUGGCUGCCAAGUGUUAGUUCAGUUGUGUGCUCUGAACACUUCGCGCAAGAAUGUUUUGAGGACGGUUCGAGCACUGUAGAGAAGUACAAGAUCCCGAAGCUUAAGCGAGAUGAAGUUGGAGUUACUGCUGUGCCUUCUCUGCUGCCUAAAGCGACGUCUUUGGAUAGUGAACGAAGUAUGCGCAUACAACACAGAGGGAAGGUGUGUAUUUAUAUCUCGUGUUUGUUUGAAUCUAGGUAUUCAAACCGUGUGCGUUUCCAUCCCUGGCUUUGUUUUAUAUUUAUAUAUUUUAUUACUUUUGAUAGUUUGUAUUUAAAUCUAAGAUAUAAAAUCUUGCGAAUUUAUAGAUAGCAUUUGCGGAAGGACCCCCAACUGUUGAAGAACCUCGGUCUUCGAUGUCAACAAACGUGAGUAUUUUGUAUUUUGAAACGUAUAAUUCUCUUGGUGUAUUUACAACUAAAUAAUAUCUACAUUUAUAGAUUACAUUUGAGGAAGGACUUUCAACUGGUGAGGAACCCGGACCUUCAACCUCGAAAAAAAUAAAAGAGGCGAGUGUUUUGGACUUUGGAACAGACUUGUAUCAUAUUGCAUGCAAUAACGUGAGACUUUAUUUCAAGGCAAAUUUCAGUGUUCAUGCAAACCCAUAUACUAAUGAUAGUUUCUUGUGUUGUAAACAUACAAAAGGGCUAAUUCAAGAAUGUAUUUUUGUCUUUUAUAGCAUGGGGAAUGUAGCAAUUGCAAAGCUUUGUUGCUAAAAAAUAAGAGGCUCAAGAGUGAUUGGCUGUCUGCAAAAAACAAGCUUGAAGUUUGCAGAAUGCAAAUUGCAAAAAAUUCAGGUAAGUCAUAUGUACUGAUUUCUUUUGGCCUUACAUUACUGCAAUUUCAUACCCAGAGCAAUAGGAUCAACCUACACUGUAGCCUCUGGGUAUAAGAUUGCACAUACUGUAGAGAUCAUAAAUCAUGUAGUGACCCAGCACCAAUAAUUAACCAUAGUAACAAACUUUUUAUGAUCGUGAAAAAACACAGGAGAAGAAACUCAUCCCAGUACAGCGUCAAGAUGUGAUCUCACAACAAUCGUAAGUGAUGAUGAACAGUGCAGCUCAGACAUUGGAAUACCUCCAUCAGAUGAUUUCCAUGAAGAGGAUUGCUAUGAUGAAGAAACACCAGAAGAAUCAACAGAGACUGAGACAGAUGAUGAGACAAAUCCGCAACAUAAAAGGUGAGUGGACAACCCUGAUAAUAAAUGUAAACAUAAUGCAUAUGAAACAUUCCACAAAAAUGACUGGACAUGAAAGACUAUGUACCAUAUUGAUGAGUAGAAAGAUCAGUAUGUGGAUACACAACUUUAUAACAGACUAUAUAUUCUGCAAGAGUAGUUGACACAACAUAAGCUAUAAGGAGUCACUGAAAUAAUUGAAAUAAAUUACUUUUUUAGAAUCUUUUUGAAUGAUUCCAAUUUGAGAAGAGAGCCAAAGUUCAUUGUGUUCUUUACACAGUUACUCGCUCUCUUCAAAUUUUGCCAUGCCUGCAAAUGUGACAACCCUCUUGUCGAAGUCCAAGAAAAUGGUACGAUGGCCGAAGUGACCUCCAUAUGUGCCAACCCGAAGUGUGGCAAGACAACCAAGUGGUUCAGUCAACCAUAUAUGACAGGGACAAUGAUUCCAGCUGGCAAUUUUUUGCUUUCAUUUGGUAUACUUGUUGCUGGUACAUCAGCCACCAAAGUCCUGAGAGUAUUCCAGCAUAUGGGAUUGAAAUGCAUCUCACUUUCAACCUUCUUCAAGCAUCAACGUGUGAGUGUAGCAAUAAAUAUUUAGCUGACAAUAUGCCUUUUAUUUUACCCUGUCUAACUGCAGAUGAUUUUACUUGUCAGUGGUAAAUUACUGCAAGUUGAUGGGUUUACUUACAUGGAUAGUUAGGUACAAGGUUCCAAGAGAGUUUUGCAGUGUUUUAUAGUACUUGUAUAUCAUAUUUGUAGGAAAAAUUAUUUCCUGGGAUCUUCCUCCAUUGGAAAAAGUAUCAAGAGGGAUUGAUUUCAACAUUGAAAAGCCAAGGUGAUCUGAUGAUAGCUGGUGAUGGAAGGCAUGACAGCAUGGGUCACAGUGCCAAGUACUGUGCCUACACAGUAUUUUGUUGUACAGUGCCAUUUAUCAUUCACUUUACAUUGGUGCAGGUAUGUUAAAAAGUACAAAUUGUAGGAGACUAAGACCACUGUCUUCAGGGGAAAUUUGCAAUCAUCCGAAUGGAUUAAGGCAAAAACAUGUUCUGAUCUCCAUCAAGAAUAUACCUUUACACAAUUCAAUUUUUUAUUUAUAGAGAAAUGAAGUGGGUAGCAGCACUGCAAUGGAGUACCAUGGGUUUGUACAGGCUAUGGAAUAUCUUCUGGGCACUGGCUUACUCCUGAAAACUUUCAUUUCUGACAGACAUUCAGGAAUUGCUAAACACAUGAGGGAAAAGCUGGCAAGCAUCAAACAUUAUUUUGAUGUUUGGCAUCUAAAGAAGAGUAUGUUGUUAAAAUAAUAAAUUAGUUUUUUACUACUCUAUAAUUGCAAGCAUACUAGAGCCGUGUUUACACUACGAGCAUAAACCUGGCCUGGGCCUACCUUUGGACGUGAUUUUUGUAGUGUAAACGCACUUCUGCCUGGCCUAGGGCAAGAAUUCUGGGCCCAUCAAAACAGGUAGUCCAGAUUUCCUGGCCUAGGCCAGGCCAAAGUCUGUUUAUACUACAAAAAUCACAUCCAAAGAUUGGCCCAGGCCAGGUUUAGGCUCAUGGUGUAAACACGGCUUAGGUAAUUUCAUUUUAAACUGUCAGGAGGAUUGGGGGGGUAUUAUGUGAAUUCGAGAGAAAUGUUUCAGAAAAGGCCAUCAAAUUUAUCUACUAGAAAUAUGCUUUGGAAAUAUGUCACUGAAUUACAACCUGUAUUUUGAUUUGUAUAUUCUUGUGUUUUAGAAAUCACCAAAGUGUUGACAAAGAUUGGAAAAGUGAGUGGAAAUGAGAUUGUGAAUGAGUGGAUUAAACCAUGUGCAAACCACUUAUUUUGGAGUGCCAUGACAACACAAGAUGGAAAUGGCGAUGUUAUUUGGGCUAAGUUUACAUCAUUCUUCAGCCAUGUUGUUAACAAGCAUAAAAAUCUCAAAAACCCUGUAUUUGACAAGUGUGCACAUGGAGAUGAGAUUCAACAACGCAAGUGGCUAGAUGAAGGUGAGUAG